AUGUCUGCUAAGCGGAAGAAAACCUUGGGAAAGUCUAAUGACAACUUUGUUUGUUGUCCUGACGAAGCACUAGAGUGGUCUGCUCGAAGAUACCAGAUUAUUCAAGAAAUAGUUCAAUAUUCACCUGAUGUCAUUUGUUUACAGGAAGUGGAUCAUUUCAACUUCCUCCAAGCUAUUCUGGGCUCUCUGGGAUACAGUGGCACAUUCUUUCCUAAACCGGAUUCUCCAUGCUUGUACAUUCAAGGCAACAAUGGCCCAGAUGGGUGUGCAAUUUUCUUUAACGAUAGUAAAUUUGAAUUACUAAAGACAGAAUCAAGGAUUUUGGAAGUAUGGAGAGUACAAAGUAAUCAGGUGGCUCUCUUGUGCAUAUUGAAAGUACAAGAAACAGGACAAGAAGUGUGUAUUGCUACUACACAUCUGAAAGCACGUAGUGGAGCCCUUUUAUCAACACUAAGAAAUGAACAAGGAAAAGACUUAUUGGAGUUUGUUAAUGGCCAUGCAGAGGGACGUCCUGUGAUUCUAUCUGGGGACUUUAAUGCAGAACCUAUUGAACCAGUAUACAUGACAUUAUUGUCUAAUCAAAAGCUGCAUCUUGCGAGUGCAUACACAGCUUUGGUAAAAGACAACACAUCUGAGAUAAAUCAGGAGAACAUCAAUGUUCAUAACAGCAUUAAAUGUGAACCACCAUACACUACCUGGAAAAUACGUGAGGAAGGAGAAAUAUGUCACACCAUUGACUACAUAUUUUAUUCAAGAAAAGCAUUUUCAGUCGAGUCGUUGUUGGAAUUUCCAACAGGGGAAGAAAUUGGAAAAAAUCGUGUCCCUUCAAUGUGUUACCCAUCUGACCACUUCUCUUUAUGUUGUGAUUUCAAGUUCAUGGACAAUAGUCGUACAAGAUCUUGAAUUUGUGUCUAGUCACAGUAUUUAUUUCCUUCCAGAAAAUUAUCUGUAUCAUACUAACCGAAUAAGUGUAUAGAAGUGGUGUACUUUAUGUUGUUAAUAUGGUAGGCUCUGAUUAAUUCAACUUUGGAUCAUUUUAAUUAUAAGAUAUUUCAAGAAAAGCAUUUCCAGUUGAGUCAUUGUAUGUUUUAUUGAAAUUCUUAUUUAAACUAUAUUUCUGGAAAGUUCAGUCAAGAUUUUAUCAUUCACAAAUAAAACCUUCAUACCUAGCAAUUCUGAGAAAUAAUUCUUUAUAAUUAUCAGGAAGUUCCUAACUGUUAUUGGUUUAAUUGCUCUACAUAUACUGGGAGACAUGACAGAAUUCUUAAAGAGGAAACGAAGCAUCAGCCGUGUACAAAAAUAAAUUUUGAGCAUUGAACCUCUGGGACUGGCAGUCACUAAGUUGAAGUAUGGAAGAUUUUGCCUUUUAAUUUCAUAAACACAGACUGGAAUGAGUUACUAUUAUGUAAUAUUAUUGUGAUUCAAUAAAUUAGUUUCAAAAAAGGGAUUUGCUGGUAAAUCUACAUUCAGAAUAAAUAUUUGUUAUAUUCCUAUGGAGUUUGAAUUAAAAAGAGUCCACUGUACUACACAAAAAUUGAGUGUUUAUACUCUUAUAUAAAUUUGUGCCUUUGUUGUUUAUUAACAUAUAGAUUAUAGAUGUUAUUCAAAGAAAGCGAGUGAAAGAGAGUAAAUAUUCUUUUUAUAAAUAUACAGAUAUAUGUUUUUGUGUUGUUAUUUUUUUAAUGCCAGUAAAAAGUAAAACAUCAACUGUAAAAAAAUAAGAACAAAAUGUUAAAAAAUAAAAAUAAAAUGCAAUUGGAAAAUUCAAUAAAAGUUUUCCAGU